AUAGGGCAGGGGUCUCAGAACCAGGCAGAGACGACAGUUCAGGAACAGCGAGUCACAGAGAGCCUUCAGGAUGCCAGAGCCGGUCAAAAAAACAGUUUCAGCAUUUACCAAAAAACCAAAAACCCAAGGAGCCGAGGAAGGGUCCUCRGUGGUUUUUGAAGCAGAGACAGAGAAGCCCGAUGCUAAAGUCAAAUGGCAGCGAGAUGCAAAAGACCUCACCAGCGACGACAGACACGUGAUCACGGCRGAUGGGAGCAAGCACUCCCUCACUAUAAAAGCUGUCACCAAGGAAGAUGCCAGUGUCUAUGCGGUGAUCGCCGGAGGUUCGAAGGUCAAGUUCGAGCUGCGGGUCACAUCAAAGCCAGAAGCUCCAGCGGAGGCCCCUGCUGAUGGAUCUGGGGAGUCCAGUGUAAAACUAGAACCUGUUCCUGCAGCAGAACCCACUCAGGGAGAAAACUCUGCUCCGACACAGAACACUCCUCUGGCUGAGGAUGUUACACAUUCCGCUGGACCUGCAGAUGGACACCCUCCAGACACCAGGCAGGACCUGACCGGACUCUUCACAGAGAGACCUCAAAGUGGAGAAGUCACCGUUGGUGAAAACAUCACAUUUGUUGCUAAAGUAAACACGGAAUCGCUGCUGAAGAAACCCAGCAUUAAAUGGUUCAAAGGGAAGUGGAUGGACCUCGCCAGCAAGAGUGGAAAACACCUGCAGCUGAAGGAGACGUUCGACCGUAACACAAAGGUGUACACGUUUGAGAUGCACAUCAUCGCCGCCAAGCCAAACUUUGCAGGAGCUUACAGAUGUGAGGUUUCAUCCAAGGACAAGUUUGACAGCUGCAACUUUGACCUGACGGUUCACGAGGCCCGUGCUCCUGGUGGUCUGGACAUCAGGACCGCUUUCAGACGCACUAGCACAGAUGGAAAAGAAGAUUCGGGAGAGCUUGACUUCAGUGGUUUGCUGAAAAAGAGAGAAGCUGUGCACGUGAACGUUGAGCCUGACGUGGACGUUUGGAGCAUCCUCAGCCGCGCUCCUCCUUCAGAAUAUGAAAAGAUUGCUUUCCAGCACGGCAUCACAGACCUUAGAGGAAUGCUCAAGAGACUGAAGAAGAUGAAGAAGGAGGAGAAGAAAAGCGAAGCUUUCCUAAAAAAGUUGGACCCGGCCUACCAGGUGUCCAAAGGACAUAAGAUAAAGCUCGCAGUUGAGGUUGCCAAUGAAAAUGUGGAGGUGAAGUGGCUGAAAAAUGGACAAGAAAUUCAAAAAUCCGGAAGCAAGUACAUAUUUGAGAGCGUUGGCAACAUGCGCUACCUUACCAUCACCCACUGCUCGUUAGCAGACGAUGCAGCGUACGCGUGUGUGGUGGGAGACGAGAAGUGCACCACUGAGCUCUUUGUUAAAGAGCCUCCUGUGACGAUUGUAAAAAACCUGGAGGAUCAGAUGGUUAUGAAGGGUGAGCGGGUCGAGUUGAUGUGUGAAGUUUCAGAAGAAGGAGCAAACGUUAAAUGGGAGAAAGAUGGUGUCGAACUGACCAGAGACGAGUCUUUAAAAUAUCGUUUCAAGAAAGACGGCUGCAAACAUUAUCUAAUAAUUAAUGAGGCGACCAAGGAGGACAGCGGCCACUACAAGGUCAAAACAAACGGUGGAGAGUCGAUGGCUGAGCUCCUGGUGCAGGAGAAAGAACUGGAGGUCUACCAGAGCAUCGCAGACCUGACGGUGAAGGCCAAGGACCAGGCGGUUUUCAAGUGUGAGGUUUCGGAUGAGAACGUGAGGGGAACCUGGUACAAGAACGGUGCAGAGGUCAAGGCCGACGCCAGAAUAAACAUCUCCCACAUUGGCAGGAUCCACAAACUGACCAUCGAUGACGUCAAACCGGAGGAUGAGGGAGACUACACCUUUGUGCCGGAUGGUUUUGCCUUCAACCUUUCUGCUAAACUCAACUUCUUGGAGGUGAAGAUCGACUACGUGCCACGCCAAGAUCCUCCAAAGAUCCACCUGGACUGCAUGAGUUGCACCGCUGAGUCAACCAUCGUGGUGGUGGCGGGAAACAAACUGCGUCUGGARGUCCCGAUCACUGGAGAUCCUGCUCCCACUGUCAUCUGGACCAAAGAAGAGAAGGUCGUCACAGAGGGAGARGGCCGAGUCCACGUGGAAUCCACAAAGGGCCACUGUAUCUUCACUAUUGAAGGAGCUGAGAGGCAGGAUGAGGGGGUCUACUCUGUUGUGGUCCGAAACCCAGCAGGAGAAGAUACGGCCGACAUCCGUGUGAAAGUUGUUGAUGUCCCAGAUCCUCCCCAGUCUCCAAAGAUCCUGAGUGUGGGGGAAGAUUCCUGUAUUGUUCAGUGGGAACCCCCGAAAUUUGAUGGCGGACAACCAGUAAUUGGUUACGUGUUGGAGAGGAAGAAGCUGAGGAGCUACAGGUGGAUGAGACUGAACUUUGACCCCUACCCUGAAACGACCUACGAGGCCAGGCGCAUGAUCGAAGGGGUGCCGUACGAGAUGCGGGUUUACGCCGUCAACGGGAUCGGCAUGUCCCGCCACAGUCCCGCCUCGCAGCCGUUUGUGCCAGUCGCCCCUACAAGCGAGCCCACCGGACUGCACGUUGACGACGUCAGCGACACUUCAAUCACGCUGAAGUGGCGAGCUCCAGAGAGGAUCGGCGCCGCGGAGCUCGAGGGUUACGGCAUCGAGUGCUGCAAGGAGGGCACUGAUGAAUGGAWACCUGCAGUUCAGGGUCUGUCAGAGAGGACAUCUGUAACCAUCAAAAACCUAACCACCGGAGACAAGUUAAUGUUCCGCGUGCGAGCCUACAACAUGGCGGGACCCAGUCCCCCGGCUCUUCUGGCUCAACCAGUCACCAUCAGAGAAAUCAUGCAACGCCCCAAAAUCUGGCUCCCAAGAUAUCUGCGCCAAACUCUGGUCAGGAAAGUUGGAGAGACUGUUAACAUCAUGAUUCCAUUCCAGGGAAAGCCCAGGCCAAAAGUUAUUUGGAGUAAAGACGGGAAACCUCUGGACUCCUCGUUCGCCAGCGUGAGGAACAGUGAAGUAGACUCGAUCCUCUUCAUCCGUAGGACAGAGAGAAAACAUUCGGGMCAGUACGAUCUGCAGGUGCAGAUCGAGAAUGUGGAAGACGUGGCUAAAGUCGUGCUGCAGGUUGUAGAUCUCCCAGGACCACCUGAGGCCCUGCGGUAUGUGGAUAGCUGGGGUUUCAACGUGGCGCUCGAGUGGAAACCACCAAAGGAUGACGGCAACUGUGAGAUAAGCGGUUACACCAUUCAGAAAGCUGACAAGAAGACCAUGGAGUGGUACACGGUCCACGAUCACUGCAGACGAACCCACUGUGUCGUCUCUGACCUCAUCAUGGGCAACGAGUACAUCUUCAGAGUUUACUCCAUCAACGUGGUGGGGCUCAGUCCAGAACCCUGCAUCACAAAGGACAGCGUGUUCAUCCAGAAAACAGGUAUCUCCUACAAGUCACCGACCUAUAAGAAGCACGACUUCUCAGAAGCGCCAAAGUUCACACAUCCGUUGGUGGAUCGAUCCAUAAUAGCCGGAUACAACGCCACCCUCAGCUGUGCGGUGCGAGGAAUACCAAAGCCCAAAGUGACCUGGUACAAAAACAAAAUGGACAUCUCAAAUGAAGCCAAGUACCGGAUGCUGAGUAAGCAGGGGAUUGUGACGCUGGAGAUCCGUAAACCCUGUCCGUUCGACGGGGGGGUCUACAUGUGCAAAGCUGUCAACGACCAGGGGGAGGAUACAGUGGAGUGUAAGCUGGAGGUUCGCCCUCAAAUUGCCAAAGAAGACAAAAAAGAAGCCAACAAAUGAGACGUUCCGGCUGAGAAGAAAGAGGAGAAAGGAUUACUCUCCAACAUGCUGACUCGUUUGUGCCACAAGAAGUUUAAUUUAAAUCGAAAGCUGUGCUCAUCUCAUUUGAACCUUUGUUUUGGCAAUUCGUUUUUCUGCUGCAGAGAUUUGGUGUUGGAAAGUGCUCACAAAGUAAGAAAAUCUGCACAGAUUUUCCCCUCAGAUCAGUGAUUAAUGUGUCAAUACAUUUAAAAAUUAUAAGUAAAAGUUGUGACUGACUUGUGUUCGUUUACCAACAGAAAAAAAGUGACUGGAGAUAGGCCAACAAUGGCCACAUCAAUGUAGAUGUUUGUGAUGGGAAAAAAACAGUUAAAUUUAAUAUAUUGAUAUGAAUUUACACUCAGAUUUAAGUAAAGUUUGCAGAAGAGUUUUCAAAAUGAGCUAAAUUGAUAAACUCACCAGACUAAUGUGGGUCAAUCAUAGCAGAAAUCUUUGUUUACAUUAAGUGCAUACCCACAUUUCAGAAUUAACCUGGAAAACUAAGAGUAAUGAAAUAGUUUGGGACAAAAGGUUUUGUGCAACUUUACUUGUAGUGAAUAUCUUUUGUUUCUGUUAAACUACUCAUCUCAUGCUCUAAGUUUUCAGUCGAUCAUUGAAUCAUUUUUGGUUUUAUUAUUAUUUUUAUCAUUAUUAUUAUUAUUGCGCUUUACAGACGGUUAUAUAAAUUUAAUGUUUAGUUAAAUAUGAAAUUAUAAUGAAAAUAUAAUUGGAAAUGUGUGCAAUUUGUUGUUCUGAUGCUCAAAUGUUUGGACUGGUUUGUGUGUAAAGUGUGCUUUAAAACAAUAAAUCUUACUGUUGUCUGUUUA